AUGAGCACUAACAAGAAGUGGGACGAUGCCUCCCAGAAGGAUCUCAUCUUCGCCAUCCUGAUGUCUACAGGUGAUGGAUCCGGCAAUAUCAAGGCCAACUGGCCCGAGGUCGAGAGAAUCAUGACCAGCUGGGGUUAUGGCUUCACCGCCGGUGCAAUGUCCCAGCAGUGGUCCAAGAAGAUCCAGAAGGAGUUCAAGGCGCGCCACCCCGACACCGCAAACGGCGGAGGCGGCAGCAACAGCAACAGCAACCCCGCCGCCCCUUCCAAGGCCACUGGCUCUUCUCGCCCUCCCAAGACUCCCGCGUCUACCAAGGGAAAGAUCAAGGGCAGGAAGCGCCUCGCCGCCGAUGACGACGAGGACACGUCUCCCGAGGGAGGUGCCUUCAAUCCCACCCCCAUCGCCAAGGAGAAGACCCCUCGUGCUGGCGUCAAGAAGAUGAAGUAUUCCGAGCCUGAAGAGGGUGAGGAUGACGAGGAGGAGGAUGUCGUUGUCAAGGGCGAGACCAAGGACGACGAGGACUACAGCCAUGCUGUCUAG